CCAAAAUAUGUUAAGUACUAUGAACUGCUUGCCGGGGGAACGGAAGCUUUUUGGUGAAAGGGGAAAGGAAACUAGAAUAACAUGACGACGUUACCGUACGCCGACGCUGAUUCCAGCCUCCGAGCAUUGGCCGGCAGAGCCGAAGGUUUCGGCCGUUUCUCUGUCGGUGGCGUCCACGGACCGGUUCGCUACGUCACCAAUUUGGCGGAUGAUGGCCCCGGAUCUUUGCGAGAUGCAUGUCGUCGGAAAGAACCUCUUUGGAUUUGUUUCACAGUUUCCGGCACCAUACAUCUUUCAUCCUACCUAAAUGUUUCGUCUUAUAAGACUAUUGAUGGUCGUGGCCAAAGGAUAAAAUUUACUGGGAAAGGUUUAAGGCUCAAGGAUUGUGAACACAUAAUUAUAUGUAAUUUGGAGUUUGAAGGCGGUAGAGGGCAUGAUAUUGACGGCAUUCAAAUUAAGCCCAAUUCUAAGCACAUAUGGAUUGACCGGUGUAGUCUUCGGGAUUACGAUGAUGGGCUCAUUGAUAUCACCAGACAAAGCACUGAUAUCACUGUAUCUAGAUGUCACUUUGCGCAACACGAUAAGACGAUGCUUAUAGGAGCAGAUCCCACUCAUGUUGGUGAUAGAUGUAUAAGAGUUACAAUUCACCAUUGCUUUUUUGAUGGCACGCGGCAGAGGCACCCUCGUGUUAGGUUUGGGAAAGUUCAUCUCUACAACAAUUACACAAGAAACUGGGGCAUAUAUGCUAUUUGUGCGAGUGUAGAAUCGCAAGUAAUUCCUUUUAUCUGAACUGAGAGUUUGGAAAUUCACGGUUUAUGAUUAUGUGACCAUUUGUAUGAAAGCUAUUGGUUUGAUGACAAUGCUUGAAUCUUUAUUGUUACCAGAUAUAUUCCCAGUGCAACAUCUAUGAAGCAGGGCAGAAGAAAAAAGCUUUCGAGUAUUACACCGAAAAGGUAUCACAGUCUUUCUAUCUGCAUUUCACAACAUGAAGCUUAUUCAGAACUCUGUUUUCUUUGUUGAUAUCAUUGCAUGCACUUGUUGUAUAUUUUUAACUAGCUGAAUGGGGCAAGAUGUCCUAUUCUCUGUUGUUAUCUCUAGCCUUACAACAAAAGACUGUGUCUUUAUUGCUUCCCCCUUUUUUGUUGUUGUAUGCAAUAUUAUUUUCGUAUACUGGUACUCCGACUAUUCUGAAAGGAUGACAAUGUACAAGUAACUAUGAUAAAGUAGACAAGAAAGGGUCUGAAUGUUAGGUGGGGCAUGGGUAAAACUGGAAAAAAUACAAAGGCCAUAUAUGUUGAAGAAGGUAUUACCAAGAUGUUUAUAAGGUUGAGCAGAGUUUCAUUUUACAGAAAAUCUUUUACGAAGUCAGCAUGGGUUUGGGAGGAGAACAGAAAAAUUAUGUCACAGAUUCCAUAUAAAAUGUAAUUAGCCUGUAGCUGAAUAUGUUUGAUGCAAUCUGGUUUCCGAAGAUUUGCAUUUAUCGGUUAAUAUAGUAAAUAAAAAGGUUGCAGCUUAUUAUGGAAGAUGAAACAUCACAAAUGAUAUUCUGCAACCAAAACCUUGCAUUGAUUCGGAUCUCAAGGAAAAACUAAAAUUUUUUAGUCUCUUCAGGUUGAAAAUACAAGUUCAAUAACUCUCUGCCCUUUUAAUGGUGUCAAAAAAUAUAUAGGCAUAGUUACGUCUAAUGUUGAGUAGAUCUUGAGAAAACAUUUCUCUCUCUGCUGAUGUGAUGAUUGUGCAUUCCCUACGGUAUACAUGUCACAUUUUACAAGACCAGGUCUCAUGCUUAUCAGAGACAGAUUUUGACAUUUGACAUUAGUUUAAACCAUGUUAGGAAACCCUCGGAAAAUGAAAACUUUACUAGGCCAAGCUGAUGUUGAAUUUCUUGCUUUCCAUGUACCCGUGGCUGUUCGAAAAAAAAAAAGUACCCCUGAGAACUAGAUGAUUACUAUGAUUUGAUUUACUAUUAGAUUUGUGGUUCUGAUAUCCCAGAGUUGCUGUUAUGUGCAUUGAUUUUCUGAGUGCUUCUUGAUACAUGUCUUCACGUGCACGCUUACUGUUUGUUUAAUCUGGCUUGCUAGAGGGUGUAAAUUUUCUUUACUUGAAAUAACAUGAAAUGAUUGAGCGUUCUUACCCCUUUCUUUGCAUCUGGCCUAACUGCCUACUAUCUACCCUUUUCAACUUGAGCCUUCUUGUGAAACGAGACAAACUAUCUGGUGCUCCCUGCUCUUGAUUCUGUUAUCAACUUAUCUGCAUCUCGAAGCAAAGCCUUGGUGUUUUCCCGUCACGUUGAAUUUGUAAUGGUUCUGCAGGCUGCAGAUAAGGAAGAGGCUAGGUCAGGGCUUAUAAGAUCUGAAGGGGAUUGGUUUCUGAAUGGAGCUCAAGGAUUUUUACCACCAGGAGCUAGCGAAGAAUAUAUGUUCCAUCCCAGUGAAUUUUACCCCGUUUGGACAUUGGAACCUUCCUCAGACUCUCUUAAAGCUGUUCUACAGAUUUGCACAGGUUGGCAAUCUGUCCCUCUUCCAGCUGAAGAAGGUGGCGGUUGUUUGCCCCCUGCAUGAUAAUCCCUUCGUAUUUACCUUGUAAAUCUCCUGUCACAUUUGGAUCUUGGAAAUAUUGGUGGAAACACUCUGUAUCGAUUAGAAACAUGAUAUAUUUUCUGAAUCGGUUUGGAAUAAACUCCUGCAAUAGCAUUUACGCUUUAUCAUUAUGUCACUCAGUCCAUGGCAGAUCCUAGUUUUAUCAUUAUGUCACUCAGUCGUGUUUCCUACUUUUAUUUCCCUGCUGUUUUUAAAAAGUCCCAUUUUUGACACACAGAAGAAUGCAAAAAAACAGCUUUCAUUUAGUUGUCGACAAACAGUAACAUUUUAUCUUCUAGUCUGCUCACUUCGUUGGAGCAAGAAAAACAAGAGCAAAGUUACAACCAAAAACAAAGAAAUAAAAUAAUAAAAAAAUAAGUUUUCUUUGACAACAUCAUAUGAGACAUCUUAUUGCUCGGGAACUUGAUGAUGGUGAUGAACUCUCUGAAACAUCAGUUCCAUGAAGUAUGUCUGACAGGUAAUUUCCCAAGUUAUCUGGUGAAAACCUCACCAGCACUUCUAAGCUGCUCUCCCCCUUGAGUGUUUCAAUAUGAAUGUUAUAGAAUUCCGCAUAUGCUGGCACCAAUUUCCGGGCUAUGGACAGUUUGAUUUCAUCUCGUAACUUCCGAUCAGGAACCACCCAGGACACUUGUUUCCGGUAUGCCUCGUCUAAGGCUGCAUUGAAUGACCGGAAAUACGCCUUUACGGUAUCAGGUGACAUCUCAUCUUGUGAAUUUUCAGGCAGGCAGCCAAGCACAUUUCCCCAAGCCAUCAUUUCAUAGUUGAUUGCAAACACUUUAAUCUUUCUUUCAAGCUUUGCCAUCCAGUCGUUUCCUAGAAUGAACUUGAGAGCUGUGUUGUGGACCUUUUCAAGAACAAACCGGAGAUUGUUUGCUAAGAAAAGAUAUGUCAAAGCAAUGUCAUUGUAGUACUCAGCUUUGGUAUCAAGUUUGCAGAGCAGGACAAGGAUGAUCCAGGCAAGUCGAACAGACACAGCUGAAGUUGGAGUGUCAUUAGCCACUGGACUCUCAAAGUAGGAUUCGGGAAACUGCAGUUGUGUUGCUGAUGUUGAAUCCCCGAUGAUGCCGGACAAAACGCCACUGUAGUUGGCAAGUUUAGACACAUAAUCCAUUACAGAAAUGGUCAGUGGAUGGAUUGCACCACCAGGAACAAGGAAUCUGGAUGAGUUCUUUUGAACCGAUGACUCGAAUUCGGCUAUAAUUGACUGGACUGCAUCACCAAGCUUGUGGAUGGAAGAAAGAGCUUGCAAUUUGACAGAGGACACUGACUGAUUUGAAAAGACUGAUUCAAUUUCCGGAUAGACAUCAGAGAGAGCUUCGUGCAAGUCCAUAAGCAGGUAAACCUUUUCAGGCAAUCUUUUACUUUUCACAACCAGUUCUGGGAACCUGAACAGGUUUGUAGCACCUUCUUUUGCUAUAUUAGCAAAGCAUGAUUCUCUUAUUGUCUCGGAGGUUGAAAAUACAUAAUCACAGAGAAGUCUCUCUCCGUGAAGCAGAGUUUUGACAGCGAUUUUUACGCCACGCAGCCACGUCUUGAUCUGACGCUCCAGAUCACUUGCAUUCAUUUUGCUGAUCUGGGAUGAACUGUAACGCUCAAUACCAAGCCGAUACAGCCCUUCAUCUACAAUUGAUUUUCUGAUAAGUUUGUAGAUAUUUAUACAUUCUUUGCUGUAACCAGACCGAAUCAUGCAAUCAGCAAUCAUCCUUAAAUCAGACAUGGCCAACACUGAAAGCCUUUCCACCUCAGAUAUGGCUUCCCCAACUCUCUGAAUCUCAUUAUCAGAGCUAAAAUCCUCAAUUUCAUCGUUUGAGGUGGAAGAGAGGCGAGAAGAAUGGCUGGAAACUGAUUCGGGAUCCAAAUAUGCCUUGUUCGCAGACAGAAUCUGGUAGAACUCGUGCUCGAGUCUCUGCAUCGCCAUUUUCAUCAAGUUCUGAGCCGGCACGAGUUUUGAAGAAGCCGCAGAACGUUGCGAAACGAAGAAAUGCAUCGCCCUGCGCAAGUCAUUCACGCACUUGAUGAAUUCCUUGGCUUCUUUCCGGUUUUCGUGGAAGAGCGAGGUGAAUUUCUCGACGGUGGAACCUUGGACAUCCCAUUUAGUGAUCAUGGCCCCUGCAACUUCCAUAUUUUCAUCCAUCAUGGAUUCGGACAUCGUUCGCGAAGACGAUGUUGAUGGAGGAGUAGGGAAAUGAUUGGAUAAUGAGGACAUUGGGGAUGAGGUAUUUGAUGGGGCGAAGAUUCGUGAAAUGGCUCUUUUUGGGGUUGUGGGAAGUUCAACAAGUGCCAUUUUUCUUUAACCAGAUUAUUGAUCAAAAGAAAUGGAUGAUGAGUUCAAGUUCUUAGCAGUUAUCCAGAAAAACCCUUCAAAGGGAUGAUGAUGAUGAUGAUGAGAUUGCUCUUGCUUUCCUCCAAGAUUUUAGGUUCUUGGAGUUUUGGUUUAGACUGAGAAAAAUGCUUCUGAGUUUUGGUUGUAUUUAAAGGCAAAAAAACCAAAAGGGGAGAAGAGAGAUGAUGAAUGAAGAGCAUAAGUUAGUUAUUGAGGAAGUUCUUAUUUGAAUUGUGGGGUUGACUUGACUGACUGACUUUUGGCUUAAUUUUCAGACAAGCUAUUGCGUGUAAAAUAUACGAAGAAAUAAUAAAAUAUACUGUCUCCGGUCCUUAAUAUAGAGC